UGGAAAAUCUCUUUGCGCCUGUAUUUUCCAUUUGCCAUUUGUAUGUAUGUGUGUGCCAUGUGUAUGUAUGAAUGGUUGUUGUUGGAGAAAUGUCUCCCCAUUUUCUUGCGCAUUGAAACAUUUUGGGCUAAAUGUCAAAUUUGCCCAGUACCCCUGCAGCAUCCCGUCAUCGGACAAAAAAGGACGAGAACAAAGGAGACAUAGAUUUGGUUGCUAGAUUAGACAAGGUUGGUGCUGCAAGUGUGUUAGUGACUAUUCGAGGCCGGUAAAACGAGUGCGUUCUAGUGGUGCGGUUGCUUAUUCGUGCAGAUUUUAUUUCAAUUUAGUAGUACAAUACACUUUACACAAAAGCACACUGUAUUUGCUGAGCCUAAAAACCUUGCUGUUGCUAAAUGUCCAAUUGAUCAUUGAUGCCGACGCGGUGCCGCAGCUAAACAAACAACAACAGGCGAAUAAAAACGAAACAAAGUUAUAACCCCCAACUCAACCAAUCACCAGAAAACAUCCUGCUAAAAAGCGUGCGUGCGUGAAAUCGAGAGGGAGAGAGAGAGAGAGAAAGAGAGAACCUAUAAACCCAGAGGACCACAACCAUAUUGCAUAGCAAGUAAAAGGACGAUAGUAGCUGUUUUAUAUUGACAUUUUACAAAGCAAAGAAGAAGAAGAGAACACUUAAUCGAGUGUUGGAAGUCAGAGAGUGGCAGAGAACGGGAAGGAACACCGCAGAGGAAAGAAGGCCCGAGUUCCAGGGCAUAUCUCGGACGUACACCGGUUGACCGUAACAGGCAGAGCCCCGUCAAACGCCGCUGCGCACAAAGCAGACACAACACGCCGACAGAGUGAAGCGGGCGGCGUGACAGGCAGCGUGAAGCAGCUCGGAGCUCAGAACAGACGGGCGACACACACACAGACACUUUUUGCCAAAUUUAUCCUGUGAAUCAAAGAACUGUCAGUGCUGGGGUACAGAUACGUGCAGCCUGCAGGCACCACCAUGCUGGCCAUGUCGACGCUGAUGAUGCCGGCACCAACGAUGGCGCUCGGUGCACCGCAGCUGGCGGUCGGGCCGCACCAGAAGCCACCGGAAGCGAAGCUGCUCGCAAUCCAUCCGGCACACACGCAAACGCAAACCACUCCUCAGCAUCAGCUGCAGGCGCAACAGCAGCAACAGCAGCAGCAGCAGGCGCAACAGCAGCAGCAACAACACCAGCAGCAACUUCAGCAGCUGUCUGCAAUAAAGCAAGAGCAUUACCACAUAUUCGUGGGUGAUUUGAGCCCGGAAAUUGAAACGCAAACACUGAAGGAAGCGUUCGCCCCGUUCGGAGACAUAUCUGAUUGUCGCGUUGUUAGGGAUCCUCAAACAUUAAAAUCGAAAGGAUACGGAUUUGUUUCGUUCGUAAAGAAAACGGAAGCGGAAAAUGCAAUUGCGGCUAUGAAUGGGCAAUGGCUUGGUUCGAGGAGUAUUCGAACAAAUUGGGCAACUAGGAAACCGCCGGCUAGCAAAAACGAAAUCAACGCAAAGCCGCUGACAUUUGAUGAAGUGUACAAUCAAAGUAGCCCGACCAACUGCACCGUCUACUGUGGUGGCAUCGGUGGCACUUUGGCUGGCGGUUUGAAUGAAGACAUUUUGCAGAAAACGUUCUCCCCGUUCGGUACCAUACAGGAAAUACGGGUGUUCAAGGACAAAGGCUACGCGUUCGUCAGAUUCUCGACCAAGGAGGCUGCCACGCAUGCGAUUGUUGCCGUGCACAACUCCGAGAUCAACUCGCAGACGGUCAAGUGUUCGUGGGGCAAGGAAAGUGGCGACCCGAACAAUGCACCCUCGUUGGCUAGCCAGGCCCUCAGCCAGACCGGGUUUCCGUUUAAUACCGCCUAUGGGCAGCAAGUAGCCGGCUACUGGUAUCCGCCGGCACCGGCAUACCCGGCCACACCGGCACCGGCAGCAACACCGCUACAGGGCCAAUUUCUGCAGGGCAUGCAGGGUUACACGUACGGUCAAUUUGCCGGCUAUCAGCAGGGUUACAUGGGCAUGGGUAUGCAGAUUCCCGGUGCCUGGCCUGCUGUACCAGCGCAGGCGCAGCUACCUACUGCGGCCCAGCAAAUUACGGCCCAGAGCGUUGGCGGUGCAUUGCCCCAAACAGCCGGGGUCGUCGCGUACCCGAUGCAACAGUUCCAGUUAGCUGAAGACGAAUGGUUAGCGCCAAGUCUUCUAGUGUAGCUUCCCUGAUGGCCAUCACUGUGCGGCUGUGUCUCACAGCAUAAUUAGAGUGCAGAGUAUUUGAAGAUUUUUGAAGAGAGAGAAAAAGAAAACCCUACCCCCCAAAAAAAAACACUCAAAUCAGCCUGUUCAUCUGACUAUGUAACACACCCGACAGACAGAAGCGCGAAUACGAUUCGGUGGUACAAAAAGCAAGCAAAAGAAACAAAACGCGAUGCAUCUACUACUGCACAAGCGUGCGGCCAUUCACCGCAUGGUUGUGAUGAACUAGCAAAAGGAAACGACGUGAGACCAGAACAACAAACAAACGAAAAAAGUAAAACAAAACCAAGUAAAAAAUGCAAAAAAAAAGAAAAAACAAAACAAAAUGAAACCAAAAAAAAAACAAGUAACUACUGAUAACUAUGACGAAGCAUGGUGCAGAAAUAGUUGAAGAACAGGCAAAUGUUGUGGUGUGGAGUUAUUUGCAGGCUACCCGGUCGGUAGCCCGGUCUGACAGCGUCAUCACUUAAUCCAAUCAUAUGUCAAUAAUAACUGUGGCACGCAAAGCCAGGACAACACAUUAGCAGGAAACGAUAACGAGGCAUGUGAAUGGAGGGAUGACGGCGCGGAGGGGCACAUACACGCAGAGAGCGAGGGCACUAAAAUUUUACUCCUGAUAUUUUUCAUGAUAGAUAGUACUCAUUAAAUGGAAAACCGAACAACACUGUACGCCUCUCUGCACACCCCCGACACGUGUAGGGGGCGAGUGCGGUGUGAAAUGGCAUUUACAUGGCGAAACUGAUUUUUACAGCCAGCAAGUGCAACACAGAACCCAAACGGUGAAGAGUGAAAAAGUGGAAACCCGAUCAAAAUAAGCGUUCCGUAUAGCUCGCAUUCAGAAGUUACACCACCACGUGUGUGCGUGUGGCACCACGGAACGGUCUCUUGAUCGUCAGGUGUUCACCCCGGGAAGGCAACGUGCAGGCACACAUGAAGCAGUAGAGUAAAUUGAGCGAGAACCGCGCCUGCUGUACAGAGCAGCGUGGCAGGGUGUAGUAGAACAACGCACGUUGUGAAAACAAAAAUGAUUCGUCCAACACAAACGCUAAACUGACCGGUGUAAAGACAUGACCAUUGAUGAAAAAAAAAAACAGAAGCUAAGAAGAUUAUUGCAAACGGGCUGCUGAUAACCCGGCUGACGUUUUGAUCUAACGAUGACUUUGGUAGAUUUCGGUUUCAGGCAGGUUGUAAAUCGGUUUACUUCUUCUUUUACAGUUGUAGAUAUUAAUUUAUUGACUUGUCUUUUUUUUAAAGAUAUUUGUAGUGCUCAGGAAAACAUGUAGCUUUCUUUUUUGUCGCGAUAUGAGAAGAAAAUAGUUUCUCACUGCAAUGAUAUCCACUCGGUGCAGGCGCAGGAAGUUUAUGCAAGACUGAGGAAUAAGGAAGCGCAUAUGCGAAAAAGAUAUUUCACAAGCAACCUCCAUCUCCAUCUAUCUGACAGUUGCACAAUAUCAAUUCAAUCUAACAAGAAGGAAAGGAACUUCCAUUGCAGUUCAAAGCACAAAAAAACCCAGGAAUGUCUAAAACUGGAGCUCAGAGUACAUAGAUGUUAAAUUUGAUUGUGUAUUUAUUGUGCUGUAUUAUUUUUAACUUUCUGUGAGGAUUUUCCCACGCAACUUAACUGCAAUAAGUAGUAAAAAUAUUGUGUUGUGAUUGCCUUUAAGAACCUCUAUUUAUAAAUCGUACUGUUUAGAUGUUUAUUAACUAUUCUUUAACUUUACCGUGUAUGAACACUGCUACUACUGAUGCUAACCUGCCAAUAGAGACGUUACAAUACUCAGUUGUACCGUAACUGCGAAACCGUUUCAUAUACAUUCAAAAACAAAAAAACAAAACUAUAUUUUUGCCAUACCGUUUAGUACUUUCCCUACGUUUUUAUCCCCCCUCUUAUUUACCGUGACAAGGUGUCAAUUUGGUUUUUUGGUUGUUGUUGUAUUGACAACACCUGUAGUUCCAUUUCCGAUUGCCGCAGAUGGACACUACCGUGAAACAAAACGUAAUGGUAAUGGUAUGCGGGGAACGGUAUUAAAAAAAUUCCAAAACUGCUAUAUAUAUUUUUUAUUAUUUUACCAAUUUUUGCGAAUAUACAAUGUUUUAUAUGAAGAAAAAAUGAAGCAAGGAAGCGGAAAAGGAAACACAUUUGUUUAGACCAAAUAUUUUUAAAAUAAAUGAAAAAGAAAACAACAGUGUCAAUACAAUCAAAAUUGCAUAGAACAAAACGAAAAAGAAGAAGAAGAAAAUACAUUCAUUUGAAACCAUUGUGAUGAAAAAAAAAAACAACUGUAACACAACAAGAUAAACAUAACACAUUGAUUCACGCACAGAUGCAAACCAACAAAAAAAGGAAACAAUGGAUAACGGAAUCCAUAAAACUGGUAGAUGAUGUUUACUCAAAAAAGAAAAGAAAAACCAGAAUGAUAAAUUAUAUUGACGACUAAACAAAACAAUACAUAUAUAUAUAUAUGAAGGUAAAUAAAUAUAUAUAUAAUUAUAUAUAUAUUAUAUAUAGAGGAGUCUCACGCAGCUCCAGAAUUAAACAUACACUUAUACAUAUACACAAAAUAGAUAGGAGAUAUUUAAUUAACUGUGAACAAUUUACCAAACAACAACUGCAACAUAAACAGCAAAAACAAAACAAGCGGAACGGGGAAAAUAUAUUGAAUCGUAUUGGGAACUAGAGAACUACAACAGAAAAGAAAACAACAACAUAGAUAAAUAUGGAUGGUUUUGAUGGAACGCAAAAUAUAAGCAAAACAACAAAAACAUCUAUACCACGAACAGAACAGAUAUAGAGGUUACACAAGUAUAUUGCAAAAAAAAACAGGCCGUUUGAACUGUUCCAUUUUUUCUUAAGUACCCAAACCACAAAAACACAAAACACACACACAUACACACUAAAUCGAAGUAAAUUGCAAAACUCAUAAAAUAAAGUAAAGAGUUAGUGAAUAGUGUUUAAAAACAUAACAAUGGGAUUUAAACCUAGAAACAAAAAAAAAGCGUAAAGUUAAGCAAAACAUUAAAAGAACUAAACCGAAACUCAAUCAAAUCAAAGAAAACCACAACUAAUAUAACACACACACACUCGAUAGCAAAAACUGAACCCAAUCAAACAAAGAGCAAAUAAAGCAAAACAUUGAAGCAAUUAUUCAAAUAAACGUCAGCUAAUGCCAACGGUGAAGCAUUUAAUAAACGAAGAAGAAAACAAACAAACGAAUGUUUAAAAAAAGAAAUGUUGGUAAAUGGGAAGAAAGCUUCGAUAAGAGAUCGCAAAACAGCGCCAGGAGUCGAGAAGGAUCACGAUCAACUCAUCAUGUGGGUUGUCGUUGAGAGAGAGAAUACAAUUGAUCACCAUUUCUACCAUUCUAUGGAGCAAACCUGGAAGCCUGACAUCUUGUUCUGUCUCUCCAUCUCUCUCUCUCGUGCCCUUCCCCGAUGAACUAGACGAACGAAAGAGAAAACGAAAAACCCCGUCAAAUCGAUCAUGUGCGCCCUGGUUAAUGAGGGCGGUAAAAAGUAAAUAUGUCUGUACAUUGUAGAUGCACAUCAUUUUAAUGUAUUUCGUUUCGAAAGCAACCAGUUUAUGCUUUGUAACGUAAACCGUGUUUCAGUUGUUAGUGCGUUGCUUUGGACCAACUGCGUAACCAGUUGCGAUUAGAAUAUGAGUUGGGAAAAAACAGAUUUGAUUUGUUUGUAUGUGCGCCGGUAUGGUGAAGUAAACAAAAAUAAAAUCAAUUUCUACUCUAGCAAUUAAACGAACAAACAAACAAACAAACGUGACCAGUAGUGACCACAUUUCACGAUUGUGACGAUGAUAAACUAGGUUGGAUGGUGCGAUGACGAUUUGAGCGCGAAAACGGCGGCAAAGAAAAUAGUAAUGCAAAGCAAACAAGUCUUCUUACUAUUGGACGAGAUCCCUAAGACACAUUAGAGGAGAUUCCCAUAUCUCGUAUAUUAAAAUAAUAUAUUUACAUAUAUACACGAGUCCCUGAAACAAGCAGAACAAGCAGAAGAAGCAGUAGGAGGAAAGGGUGUUUGUUACUUUAUUUACAAACUAUUGAAACGAUAUUUGAUUGGAUUUUCUGUUCGCGUGUCCGUCAGGCGUUUUUUGGAGGAUGGUUUUGAGUUUUAGAUAAACAUAUAUAUUGCCUAUAGUUUGGAAAACCUACCUUCAGCCAAAAAAACGAAACGAGUUCGAAGCGGGGAAGCAUUAAGCAUUAAAAUCUAGUGAACUUUAAGAAUUGUACUUAACUAAUCCCUCUAAAAGAAACAAAACAACAAACGCACUACGCACACUUUCUAUACAAUCCAACACGAGGGUGAAAAGGGCGCGAUCGUUUUAAAACACAUCCACAACGUAACAAAAAAAAAACAAACAAAAGCAACUGGCAAAGGGAAAAACUGGAAUAAAGCACCAUUAAAACCGAUUGCGAAUGUAACAGUGAAAGGAAGAGAGAGAAAGAGAGAAGAAAAAAAAAGACAAAUGAACAACAAUUUAAAAAUAUAUAUCUUCACCUUUAAAGCCACAGCAUCUAACAACCAAACAAGCAACAACAAGGAAACAGAGAAUAAGAAAGGGAAAUAGUAAAUCAAAGCGAAUCAACAAACAACAUCCAUUUAUAUAGCUUUUAAUUAAGAAGAAAAAACACACACACACAAUUGGAGCGUGAGCCAAGCUCCAAAUUGUUCCAAAACAACCACAUAGGACCGUGUUUACCAGUGCGAAUAUUAGAUAGGUAUUGGAAUCUUUAAAUGAGCAGCAAGCUCUCUAACAGGAGCGAGUAGGUUAUAAAUUGACCACGUUACAACAAAACUUACAAAAUAUCUACUACUAUUACUACAAUCGUGCGCAACAGUGGAAAAGGGAGUGGAAAGAAAAAAUCAAACAAAUCGGUAAACGCAUUGAUUCCAAAUCAAACACAUUUCGUUUCAUUUGUCCGUCAUUUUUUCGUUGCAGUACAAUCCUAUUAGCAGCGUCUUUUCGGAACUGUAUUAGACGCGCACACUAACUCACUCUCAACUGGGCGCGGUGCACAUAUACUUAUACAUUAGCAAAGGUGUCGAACCCGCUCGCGCACGGUAAAAACACGUACACAAUUGAGCAAACAGUGAAUUGCAAAUAACAAAAAAAAAACACAUAAAACAAGUUUGGGUUGUGAUGGAUGGAACGACACGAGUGUCAUUUGCCUGCGAGUGGAGAUAUAAGAAAGGAAAGAAUUUAUCGAAUUGAGGGGAAUAUGGGCAUAACUUAGCAAAGAGACAUAAGCGAUGGUUAUAAUUAAAUGAUAAAGAAGCAACAAGACAAAACAAAAAAAAACAAUGGUAGCAUACAAUUUUUUGCGUACAGUAUAGUUGUGUCAGCAGGAACUUAACACUAACUAGUGAAGAAAGAGAGGAAGGAAACAAAAAAAAUGGAGAAUAAAACAAGAAUCGGUGAGCGAAAAUAAAUUUAGCACAAACUGGAGGUGUCAUAUAGAGAAGAACACUACAGCAGAAGAAGGUUCUUUUAAAGAUAGAAAGUCUAUUUUUAGUGCAUAUUGUAGCAUGAUUUGAGUGUUUUGAACCGAACCAAUAGAAUGUUCUCUCUCUUCCUCUCUCUCGUUGAGAUGUGUACCAAAGUGGUGGGGACAGGAGAGCAGCAGCAACAACACACUUUUUUCGUAACAAAAAAAACAAGAAGAAAAAAAACAAACAAGAACAAAUAGAUAGCAAUAGGAGUCAAUGGUCGGUCGUCAAAUUGAUAAAUGAAUUGAUUUACUAUGAUAUUAAACCAACAAACAACAAAAAGCAACAACUCUUUAACCUUUAACCAGCAAAAACCUAAGCAAAACAGAAGAAGGGCAAUCGAUAUUAAAACAAACAAAAAGUUUUUCGCAAAUAUGAGAAGAACAAAGUAAUAAAAAAAAACAACUAAAACUGUGUUACCAGUAGUAGAGCGGAAGGGCGGCAGAAGACUUGGAACGGUGGGGCUUACAAAGCGGCAGACACACUCAUACUUACACACAUACACAACAUACAAAUUAAUGAGAACUAGGCGUUUGAUAAACGGCGAACCUACUAACUCUACCGUAAGAAACUUCUACAGCUACUAUUAGUAUUACUAACGCAAGGAAACAAUGCGACAAAAGCGAAAAACAACUCUAUCAUUACUAAACCACUCCAGGCUCGGGUGAUUUACCGCAUUACUAUUAACGAUUCCGAUGCUACCUCUGUACGGGAGGACAAGCACACACACACACAUACACACACGCACACAACACGUGGAACUGAAAUACUGUGAUUUUUUUCAUUUUCUGUGCAUAAAACCAAAAAAAAAACUCCUUUGGACCUAUGUAUUAAAUCCGUUUUAAAGUAAAGGUAGGAAAAAAAACCACCCCUUCUCAAUCUAGGUUGUUUGUUCAACAUUUGCUCAGCUGAAUGGCUCGUUGGUUGUUUUUGGCACUUUGUUGUUGAGUUCGUUAUUAGGAAAAAUUCAUUGAAUUGGGAAACAGAUACUACAGUGAUAGGCAAAAUAGUAUUACCACCAAACAGUUUUUUUUGGUUAUUCAAAUUUUUCACACUUGCUUGGAUCAUGUAACUCGCACUCAGGAUGAGUUAAGGUAGAACACGUCUGUAUCGAGAACUUUAGGAACUUGUUCAACGACAGGAAGAGUGGUUUACGAUAUCCAAAAGCCGGUCAGGUUCUAACAAACAGGUUCAGUGAUACAAAAAUGGUCCAAACGACUAAAGCUUACUGAAAAGAAUGCUGAGAAGCCUGUUGCAGUAUGGCAAAACGGUUUUCUGGACGUCAAUGAAUCAAGUUGUUUGAUUGAAAAAGAGUUUGCGUUAUAUAUGGAAAUGCAUAUGGGAAUGAAUUUAUGUGAAGCGAGGUUAUAAGCGUCAUGAAGUUAGAGUAGAAAUUUCUUACAUCCUGUAAGAAACUAUGGAGGUUUUACCCCAUCCCCCACCUUUAUUGCAGUCAAGUUCAUAUUCCAACAGGACGGUUAGCGAUCCUCAGCAUACUUCCAAUCUGGUUGGAUCCAAUCCCCCGCAUUAAUCACAAUAGGGAAGUAUUGUGCGACCUCCAUGCCAGGAUUAACAAUACUGAUUUUACGUAAAAUACAUUUCAAGCCCUGGAGAACGUUUGUGACGAACCACAGUGAGAGUGAGUCCACAACGUAGGAGGAACUUGAUGUAGAUCAUACUCGAAUGUUUGGAGCAGGUCCUAAACACUAAAAGGAGGAUAAAUAAAAUAGUUUAAUAAUGGUGGUUACUUUAUUUCGCCUACCACUGUAGUUCCUUCUGUAAAGGUGUAAAACCUCGUUAUCGAAAAGCAAGAAGAAAUAAGUAGUCAAGUUUGUAAAGCUGUGUAGCGCGCGUUCGUGGUUGAAAAUUUGGUGCGCAGUUUGGUUCGGUUGAUGGCCACACGCGCAACGUGAUCGACUUUAAAUCCGACAAAACUACAGUGCGCAAUUACAGUAGCGAAAAUUAUUGAUCCUAUUGGGAGGGCAAAAGCUUUGCCGCUUGAUGCGCCCUUUAAAAAAGCAGGUCCACGUACGUGAAACAAAAUGUUGGAGGGGGAUUGGGAAAAUCGUAUGCCAAGCUUUUACACACUUCCCUUUCUUCGGUUUGGUUUUUGGUUACAAUUACACACAGUAGUACAGCUGGUUCCGCCCUGUUUGCGGACACAGCGGUGUGUACUAUUGAAAUUUACGGCGGACUGCCAAAUGAAGGAAUAUGAAACAGCAUUAAGAGAGAAACAAAACCGAGCUAAUGUCGUAGUUUCGAGUAAUGGAAGGGAGUAAGAAAGCAUGGAGAAAUUAUUGAAGAAAAAAAAACAAUGUCGAAGAUUUAUUAAGUAUUAAAGUAAGGAAAAAAAACACAAACACCCACACAAAACAAGACAUAAAACACACAAACGCACAAUGUAAUACAGACGGUAUUGGUUUUGUACGCAAGUGAAACAUACAAAAAACUACACACAAAACCAUUUAAAAAAAUAUUAACUAUUAAUUAAAGGAAAGCAAAAAAACAAAACAAAUCCAACAUAUUAUAUUUAUAAAUGAAACGACACAAUGAAACAAUGUAUGUAAAAUACAUAUUUGCAUGCUGAAACACAUUAAAAAGCAAACCAGCAAGUAGAACGGCAAACCGUUCAGCAAUGAGGUGAAUGAGUAGAACACGACACGAACAAAAAACCACACACAUACAACCAGUGACCAGUGUUGAGAGUCAAAAGCAAAAUGGAGGCAGACAACACAGACACACACUAACGAGAGUACUCGUACUCGUCGUCGUGGCCGCAACAAACGGAUAAGGAUAAGGUGUAUUCAUCUAUCAACGAUAUAUGUUCCGGAUGCGUGAGAGGGUGGUUGUGGGGUACGUGCGCAAGCCAGAAUGGAAGGCACGCAGAUCCACACACAAAGCUAAGAAACUAACAUAAGAAUAUUCAUAAAAUCGAAGGGGACAUUGAAUCAUGCAUACACAACCACAACUCACAUAAAAACAUACCAAAAACACAUAAAAAAAACACAUGUUUAGCACAUUAUAGAUGUAGACGCACGAAUAUAAAUUCAAAUAAUUAAAAAAAACACACACAUAAACACAAGCACACGCAGAAACACAACAAAAUGCUCCCGAAACUCUUAACCCAAAUCGAGAUAGUUCACGCAAACGCAAAACCUGAUGCGUCGUUUCUUUCUUUUGGAACACCCGGUGGUUUCCUUGUCCUUAGGACAAUUUUUAGAUCAGGGAAAAGGGCAGUUAAUCAUAGAAAAAGGACAUCAUGUAGCGCUGUUUGUUUUAUUGUUGUUUUGUUCGAUAUUAGAACAAUGCUGCACAAGGGUUAAGCGAUUCUGUUUGCAUUAACUAAUUUACACAACAUGCAACCAAACCUUUCUAAACAACGAUAAAAACAAACGACAGCCGCAUACACACACACACGCAGGACAUCUACACACGUACACACUAAUAUUGUGAUGCAAAUAUGUGCAUGUCAUUUUUGGGAUGUCGUGCCAUUGUUUAUAACAACAAGCAAAAGUACAGUUCAAUUUAAAACUACUAGAAUUAAGGACAAACACACCCACAAGGACACACAAACACACACACACAAACUAUAUAUACAUAUAUAUAUAACUGCAUUAUUGCAACAAAUAACAGAUUGCAAGAUGAACAAAACUACAUACAACACAUAAAAAACAACAACAAAAAAAGAGAGUGAAAAAUAUAUACCAAACACAACUGUUUGCAAAAAACUAUUAUUUUACAAGUACGAAUAUUGAAGAAGCAAAACAAAAAAAAACACGAAACGGACGCCGACGGCUGGCAAUAACCUAUUAACGAA